AUGACAUGGAAUCUAACACACAAGGUAGAUCUCUUACUUUACCAGAUCUACUUCUAUAGCUUGCUGAAGAUUGGCUUUUCAUCCUUGCAGGACAUUGGCAGUGUUGCAGAGUCCUGGGGCCAAACAGCUGAAAUUGAAGACGCACUCAGUUUCACAGCGCGAAUCCCAGAUUUCCCCGAGAUGAUGAACAGAGUGAUCAAAACAACGCCAAAUGAUGGCAUCAUCGAUUGGAAAAUGGUGUGGAGAGAUCCUCAAAUGACAUGGUCCUCUCCCGAAGGCCGAGUCAUCCAGCUUGGAGAUAGUGCACAUACAUUUCUGCCUAGUUCAGGGAAUGGAGGCACCCAGGCAGUUGAAGACGCGAUUUCUUUGACUACCUGCCUGCAGAUCGCAGGAAAGAGCAACAUUCCAGGGGCUGUAGAAGUCCAUCACAAGCUCAGGCAAAUGGCUUGGCAGCACGAUGCAGAGGACUAUGCAUAUGAGAAUUAUGGGAAAGCACUUCGCCAUCUUCUUACAGACGAACCUUUUCAAAACACGGACAUCCCUCCAAGAUAUAUCUACAAACCCUGGAGCAUCCAGGAGCUCUUGUCGAUUGAAGGAGAGCCAAAGGACGUAGAAGUUGACGGCGACUGGUCCUAG